AAUAACACUGAGUGUCGCAUGUGCUGCACGCUCCGCGCACAAAACACUUCUUUACUACCCCCACAGUGAGGUCUCCCCGCGUGCUGAGCACGUGCUGUGGUCAACUGACACCUUACUGUCCCACCAAACAACAUGAAGGUUCAAAUGGAUGGCUUCCAUAAACUACAGGAUGACCUUGAGAAGGUUAUCGAGAAGGACGACAGCGGAAGCUCCGUUACAGAUUCAGAUGAGGUUUCUCGGUCUGAGCCUCGCACAACUCGAGAAAAAAUCCACCAUUUGCUGCACACCAACAAGUUCCAGAUCGGCGUGAUCUGUCUCGUCAUUCUGGACUGCUUCCUCGUAAUCAUUGAACUUUUGUUGGAUCUCCGUGUCUUCGAACUUCCAGAUCAUGAAAAUCACGUCGCGCCCAAGAUCCUGCAUUACAUGAGUCUGGCCAUCUUGAGUGUUUUCAUGGUGGAGAUCGGAGUGCGGUUAUAUGCCAUGCGGCUGGAUUUCUUUAAACACAAGCUGGAGCUGUUUGAUGCUGUGGUGGUCAUUGUGUCAUUUAUCCUGGACAUCAUCUACCGCAAUGCCGAAGGGGCAGCUAAUGGCAUCGGACUUCUUAUAGUGCUGAGACUGUGGCGAGUGACACGUGUACUGAAUGGAAUAGUCAUGUCUGUGAAGAGACAAUCGGAGAAACGCCUUGAGAGAGAGCGACGUCUUCGCACUGCCUGUGAACAAGAACUGGCAAAAUAUCGGCAAUAUUGCUCGUCUCAAGAACGUGAGAUUGAACUUCUGCAAGGCAUUUUGAGGAAGCAUGGGAUAGAGUAUAUUGAAAAAUCGCAGAAACCUCCCACUGUCAGCACCAUCGAUGUAGUUGCGGAGGUCAAUCAGUCGUCCGACAAAACCAGCGACGAUGCCAAAGGUGAUAGGCAUGAUAAGGACGGGGACAAAACCAAUGAUAUUGGAACAUAAUGAUGUUUAGUCAUUUUGGACUUUUGUACAUACUGUACAUAGCAGUCAGCAUGUUUGGCACCAAGGUGACCAUCUUUUGUGGUUGCCAUGGAUACGGAUGAAUUUUUAUGAUGGUAUUGAUAUAUAUAGUCAGUCUUUAUUUUGCUAUUAUCUCCACAUUUACACAACUAAUUGUCUGUUGGUGUCUUUUUUUGCAUGUCAAGUUCUAGUUUAUCGUAAAUCCUUGAAUAGUGGUCUGCUUGGAGGAAACAGGUUUUGCUGAUAUAGUCAACAGUUGGUGCCAUGUCAAACAGUGUUAUGGUAAAGAUGAUGAACUGACCCAGACCAGGUAGUUCGGCCAGUCAUUGAUCCUAUGUUGUGAUUUCUUCGUCAUUCAGAUGGACUUCACUGUUUCGAGUUUCCUGAUUAUUAUUUUCUGUAUUUUCUGGAACAAAUUAUUGUUUUAAAAAAAUGUUAGAAUGUCCCUGACAUUUGAUUUGAGUGUCAUUCCCAUCUGAGGCAGUUUGAGGAGGUGGAUCAUUAGUACUUCAGAUAUGUUUGUCUUUUGGAAUUAUCAGUACCCAAUCUAUAAACGGGAUCAAAUAUGAAUUAGUUACUAAAACAUGCAGUCAAAUGAGGAAAAGAGUUGCCUCCCGGUACCAUCACUUUCACCAGUGUGGGCACGGGCAUUACAAGAAUCUUGAAAUUUGCCCUCUAACCCCAAAUGUAGUAACGUUUAUACUUUUGUUUAUGUCUUUGGUAAUGCCAGCAUAGUGAACUUUGAAAAGGUUUACGAUUGACCAUAUUUCCCAUAUGAAUUUACCUUUUUGUUUGUUUAAUCAGAUUGGUUCAAGAUUGCAGACUAAUGGAAAAUCCCUCAACUUCUCCCUUACAUUCUUACUAUAGCAAUUACAUGAUAGUUGAAAUAAAACAGAAAUUCAAAGUGACAAACAAAGAAGAAAAUUCAGCUGGGGUAAGCGUAUUUGGCGUCAUGGCAGUCGUCACUUCAGUCAGUUGGCUGUGAGUUCAACUCCAAGCAUGGUGGCCACAUAUCACAGUGGGGAGCUUUGACUGGUGGCAGUGAUAGUAUAGAGAGAUCCACAGAUUGGCUAUUGCUGUGAGGAGCUUGACCUUACCACCCUUCUUCUUUUCAAAUAUAUCAGUUAAUUCUGAAAAGUACUCCUCACAAGCAGUUAAAGAACACCCGAUUCUUCCCUAGUACCAUAGUUGAUGUGUCACGGCAGAUUAGCUAUAGUAAUAUGAAAGACCCGGGUGUUCUUUAACUUCUUUUGAGUAGUAUAUUUCGAAAGAGCAUGGUAUAUUUCAGUAGUUCUGAAUCACACAUGCUGAUAUAUUAGGAACAAGUAGGAGAUUCAACCGAAGGCCAGCCGGACGCGCAGAUGUUUGUAUACAUUACAAUAUAACUUUAUCAGCCUUGAAACAUGCCAUUGUCUACUUCAGCCAUCUUCCCGAGGCAAGUGAGUUAACUGACUAUAAAAGUCCAG